AUGCCCGUGGAGGCCCUCUACGCGGGCCUCUACCUCUCGGGGUACUACCUCGUCUUCGUGCACAGGGAGCUGGGCGCCGCCUCGGACCUGCAUCCCGGGGGAGGGGCCGAGGCCGGCGGGGGUAUGUUCCUGGGCGGGGGAUCGCCCGGGCUGAGGGCCAUGCGGCUGGCCAUCGUGGCCCUACACGCCGUCCCAGUGGCCGCCGCGCUGUGCGCCGAUGCCCGGAGCUGUGCCUUUCGGCGCGCGUACAUCUCACGGGUACGCGGGCCGGUGUUCGUCCUCAUCCGUCUGCUGCCGGUGUGGAUGGCGCUGCACGACGGCCCGCCCGCCUCCUGUGCCGAGGGCGCCUCGGAAGAAUGCUUCCCGCCGGUGAUGUCUUGGAUGUGGACGUUUUUGCUGUGGAUCGGCGCUUAUCAGGUGGCAAAGGGUUGGCAAAUCGCGCUGCAGAUUGCCAGCACGUUCUGCCUAUGGACAAUGACAAAUUAUUCGUGGAACGCCAUACUAAGGGUGAAACUGCUUCUGUGCGGGGUGGCGAUGCCAAUCUUCUGUGCCUGGCUUGUGGAUGCUCUGGCGAUGCGGGAGUUUGAAGAGUUAAAUCAGCGUGUCAGAAGACAUGUACCGGCUAGGACAAACCCUGUCUCUGAUAAUCGCCCCCACAGCGAGUGA